AUGACCGUCGGAUACAUGAGAGAUGUGGCGACUGCCAACUCGUGGAUCUUCCUCAAACUGCUUCUACGUUGGAAGGGAAGUAUCUGGAAAGCGAUGAUAACGGAGCUGCUCAUCUGGCUCUUCUUCUACGUUUACAUCAGAAAUAUAUAUGAAUUCUAUCUCAUGGGUACAGAUAGUGCCAAGACAUUCGAGCAUAUUGUGUUGAGCUGUAGAAAAGUAAGCAACUUUCAGUUAGUUAUUUUCGAAACCAUAUAUUAUCAGAUUUCUGAAAAGACUCGGACGGUGCUCACAUUUGCUCUUGGAUUCUUCGUCACGUACAUUUCGACACGAUGGUGGAGCAUCUUCAUGACGAUUCCUUGGCCGGAUACAUGUGCACUUCAGCUGGCCGCCUAUCUCAGAAGCCGUGGAAAGAAAUUUGAGGUUUAUCGAAUUUCAGGUUACUCGAAAAAUAGUCGUUUUCAGCAAGAUGACAGAGCCUACCGUCAGACUUUUAUGCGGUACCUAUUGGCUUCGUAUGUGCUCGUGUUCCGGGAUGUGAGCGAGAGAGUCAAGAAGAGGUUUGCAACUACAAGAGUUUUGAUUCCAACUCUUCUCACAGAGGAAGAGCACAAGAAACUCAAAGAGGCCAUAGUAAGUCGUUUUUUUGCUCAAUAUCUAAUGGGGCUAUUCAGCGUAUGUUUGUUUUCCUUUUUUUCGUUUUUUUACACCGCCGAAUUGGGUUUUUUGACGUAAAAAAAACGAAAAAAAAACGGAAAAAAAAUCAUUUUUUUUCACAUGAAUAACCCCAUAACAAGUUCUGUUCUUUCUUUGAUUUUCAGAAGUCAAUGCGGCCGUGGCUGCCCAUCGAAUGGGCUCUAGAUCUCCUGAAAAAGGCGAGAAAUGCACGUUUGAUCGACGAAUUCCACUACACGGAAGUGAUUCAAACGAUUCUCGCGUAUCGGCAGCAGCUUCACGAGAUACUCACUUAUGAUCACAUCACGGUCCCUUUGGUCUACGUGCAGGCCGUCCACAUUUUCACCAUUUGCUACUUCAUAAUCUCGUUGAUCGGCUCGCAACCGAACUAUGAGGAACAAACCGCCUGGAAGGCAGACAUUGACAUUUACUUGCCUGUUUAUGCGAUUUGCGAGUUUAUCGUGUUCGUCGGCUGGCUCAAAACCGCAUUUGUCAUGUUGAAUCCUUUCGGAAUGGACGACGAUGACUUCGAGAUAAAUGCGCUGAUCGACAGAAAUCUGAUGGUCUCGCUCAGUUACCUUGAAGAUUUCUACGAUGUAGCUCCGAAGUUGAUUCAUAUGAAAGUUAGAUUGCCGACAAAUUUGGUAAGUCCUCAACUUUAUAAAGCAUUGAAAACUGAUUCGUUACAGCAAACUGUGGUUCGUGAGGGUGCGAAUCCGAUGUGCGGAUCGGCUGUUCCUGUGAAAGUGACCAAAGUGCAUCAGGCCAUUAUCGAAAACCCCCAGAUGGCCGGACUGGUGAACAGAAUCCUGCCGGAUCCCGAUGCCACAGUGACUGCUCUCAACACGCACCGCAUGAUGGAUGAGAUCGCCGAGUUUCGAACCAAAGAACGUCUUCCGGAGCAAGAGAAUUGGCCCAGAGAAGGCAGAGACACGGGCAAGAAACUGAACGAUCUGGAAGAAGUUGUGGCGAAACUGAUAGAUAAGACACUGGUAGAGGAAAAAAUGGCGCCCGCCUCAUUGCAAUCAACGCAGAAUAUGUCUCCCGAGGAUCCGACCCAGAAGACGUACACCGGAGAGUCUCUGAAAGCGAUGAGCCUUAUUCAGAAGAACGGAAGUGUAGGCAUAUCACUCUUUACAUUUCUGAGUCUUUAUUUCCAGAAAAUGAAGUCUCGUGUGGGGUCAACACCGGAUAGUUCGACUCGUAAACUUGCACAGAAGGCGUCUGUCUCGAAGAUAAACAUGAUGGCGCCCCUCUCUCCUCCGGGCGUUUCCGCUGAACAGCAGAAGGAAGAGGCGUCGUUGAAGCCCGACAAAACACAAACGGACGAAUAA